AGCUUUGACAUUCCCCCCACCGGAUUCUUCUCAGGCAAGCAUAUAAACUGCUGACUGAAAAAGGGAAACAAGUAUUCAACAUUUGAUUCCAAAUGGAGUUGGACCCAGAUGAAAUUUUCAGGGACGAUGAAGAUGAGGCCGACAAUGAGUUCUUUCAGGGUAAGGAAGCAAAGAAAGAACUUGUGGUUUAUCUGAUUGACGCCUCUCCCAAAAUGUUCAGCACCACCUGUAUAAGGGAAAAUGAAAGUGAAGAAACUCAUUUUCAUGUUGCUAUUAAUUGUGUUGCUCAGGCGCUGAAGACUCAGAUUAUUAAUAGUUCUUACGAUGAAGUCGCGAUAUGCUUCUUUAACACGAGAGAAAAAAAGAAUCUUCAGGACUUAAAUGGAGUAUUUGUGGUUCAAGUUCCUGAGAGAGAAGAUCUUGAUAGGCCAACAGCUAAGCUUAUUAAAGAUUUUGACUGUGUAGAAGAGACAUUUGCUAAACAAAUAGGAAGCCAGUAUGGUAUUUUAUCUGCAACUCAUGAUAAUUCACUUUAUAAUGCUCUAUGGGUUGCACAAGCAAUGCUGCGUAAAGGGUCUGCAAAAACAGCUGAUAAAAGAAUCCUCUUGUUUACAAAUGAAGAUGAUCCAUUUGGGUGUAUGAAGGGAAUUGCAAAGAUUGACAUGAUAAGGACAACACUUCAACGUGCUAAGGAUGCUCAAGAUCUUGGCAUCUUGAUCGAACUUCUUCCUUUAAGUGCAACUGCUGAGGAGUUUAAUGUUUCGCUUUUUUACAAUGAACUACUUGGGCUGGAAGAUGGUGACAUUGCUCAAUUUUUGCCGGCAGCAACCUUGAGAUUUGACGACAUCAAAGAGCAACUAAGAAAGCGUAUGUUCAGGAAGCGAAAAGUUAAAAGGAUCAAUUUCUUAAUUGGAAAUGGGAUAUCCAUGGCCCUAGAUACAUAUGCUCUGAUUCGACCAUCUGUUCCAGGAGGAAUAACCUGGCUUGAUUCUGUAACCAAUGUUCCUUUAGAGACUGAGAGGUCAUUUGUUUGUGCUGAUACUGGUGCGUUGGUGGAGCCUGCAAAACGUUUUCAAGCUUACAGGAAUGAGAAUAUUAAGUUCACAGCUGAUGAGCUUUCAGAAAUUAAGAGAGUUUCAACAGGCCACCUUCGUCUUGUAGGAUUCAAGCCAUUGAGUUGCUUGAAAGAUUAUCACAACCUAAGGCCAUCAACCUUCCUUUUUCCAAGCGAGGAGGAGGUAAUUGGAAAUACAAGUAUGUUUAUUGCUCUCCAUCGAUCAAUGCUAAAGUUUAAUCGUUAUGCAGUUGCAUUUUACGGGAGUUCGGCUUAUUCUCGACUGGUAGCCCUGGUUGCACAGGAUGAGAUAAUAACUCCUGGUGGUCAGGUUGAGCCUCCUGGAUUGCACAUGAUAUAUUUGCCAUAUUCUGAUGAUAUUAGACAAGUUGAAGAGAACGUUUUGGAAACGCAUGAUGCUGUCGCACUUCAAGCUAAUGACGAUCAAAUACAAAAGGCUGUCAAUUUGAUGAGACGUAUCGACUUAAAACAUUUCACAGUUUGCCAAUUUUCUAAUCCGGCUUUGCAGAGACACUAUGCAGUGCUUCAGGCAUUAGCUCUGGAUGAAGAUGAAAUGCCUGAUAUCAACGAUGAAACUGUUCCUGAUCAGGAAGGCAUGUCCAGGCCUGCAGUAGUUAGUGCUUUGGAAGAAUUUAAGCAUUCUAUAUUUGGAGAAAACUAUGAUGAAAGGGACGACGAAAUUGAAACUGGCGGGAAAACAGGAGUUUCCAAGAGAAGAAAGGUAGUAGCUGAAGAUGCCAUGAAGGAGUCCGGAAAAUAUGACUGGGAAGACCUUGCAGACAGUGGAAAGUUGAAGCAUUUAACAGUUGGAGAGUUGAAGAUCUAUCUCGCAGCACACAACCUUCCGGGGACUGGAAAGAAAGAAGCUUUAAUUAGUAGGAUCUUAACCCACAUGGGGAAAUGAGUAAGUUACAUUUCUCCAUGGAUUAAAGUGUGUUUUUUAGAUUAUGAGAGAUCAACACUUUCUUUUGUAGUAUUUUAUGAACCAUGUUUGUUGUAUAUUUUGUCUCUCAAUCCCUCCUUUUGUUCCAAUUUAUGUCAGCUUAUUUGAUC